GCCUGGAGGGGGUCGAGAGCCGCGACCCUCCGUGCCACGGGCCGACCGCUGGUGGUGCUCCGGGUUCCCCCCCUGUCGGCUCCUCGCGCGCGGGUUUGCAGGGCCGGGUUUCCCACGAGGGCUUCUGCAGGGGCCCUCUAGAAAAGUUCCCGGCCGUUGCCGGGCCUGGAGGCUUGCAAGAGGGCUUCGCGGAAGCCAGGAGGGCCUCUACGAGGCCACCUGCCUUCUCAGAAGCCCGCCCGCCGUCUCAGAAGGCCGCAUCCUUCGCGCCAGUCCAUUGCCUCUAUUGCCGACGCCGCUGGACGAUGGUUGAACACCCCGACUGGCUCUCCUGACAGCCGCGCGCGACAUCUGCCAGCUCGGCCGCCGCUGCCACCGCGCUUCUUUUUCUGUUUGCAAGCCGCGUUGCAUCGCCUAAUUCGGCCUCUCGUAGCUAGUUGUUUUGCCGUCCUCGCCACCGUGCAAUCACCACUGUGCCCCGGCCUCGCGGUCACGCCAUUCGGCGCUCUCCGCGCCGGAGCAGUAAUUACCGUUGCAGUAAUUACCGCUGCCGCCGCGUCAUGGCCUGCGGUCGGACCAGCGGGUUCGGAAGCUGCACGAACGUGCUUUGGAGCAGCUCGGUCUCGUGGUUGGUUGGGAG